GACACAUCUUGUUGUCUUUGUAAGAGUGGAGCUCGAUCACGCAGCCGUGUCUUCCCUCUUCCCCGAAUCCUCUCAAAACUCCCUCCCGAACCUCCCGGACCUCCCCCUCUCACCCUCCGGACCCUCGGACCCUCUCCCCUCCCGCAGCGCGCGUCAGGUUGACCAUCCGUGACCAAAGAUCCAGAGCUCGACCCAUUGAUCAUCAUGGACUCUGGUGUGAUUGAAGGAGGACUCAACGUCACCCUCACCAUCAGACUGCUCAUGCAUGGCAAAGAAGUGGGCAGCAUCAUCGGAAAGAAAGGUGAAUCGGUGAAGAAGAUGCGAGAGGAGAGUGGUGCUCGGAUCAACAUUUCUGAAGGGAACUGCCCCGAACGCAUCAUCACCCUCGCAGGCCCCACCACCGCCAUCUUCAAAGCCUUCUCCAUGAUCAUCGAGAAACUAGAAGAGGACAUCAGCAGCUCCAUGUCCAACAGCACGGCCACCUCGAAGCCCCCGGUCACGCUGCGGAUCGUGGUGCCGGCCAGCCAGUGCGGCUCGCUCAUCGGCAAGGGCGGCUGCAAGAUCAAAGAGAUCAGGGAGUCGACAGGAGCUCAGGUACAGGUGGCUGGAGACAUGCUGCCUAACUCUACUGAGAGAGCCAUUACUAUCGCUGGGACCCCGCUGUCCAUCAUAGAGUGUGUCAAACAGAUCUGUGUGGUCAUGCUGGAGUCGCCUCCCAAAGGUGUGACCAUCCCUUACCGACCCAAACCCUCAGGAUCGCCUGUCAUUUUUGCAGGAGGACAGGCAUAUGCGGUGCAGGGACAACAUGCCAUUCCUCAGCCUGAUCUCACUAAACUCCAUCAGUUGGCAAUGCAGCAGAGUCCGUUUCCUCUGGCCCCCAGCAGCCAAGGCUUCACUGCUGGUAUGGACGCUUCUGCACAGACAGGCUCUCAUGAACUGACCAUUCCAAAUGAUUUGAUUGGCUGCAUCAUCGGCCGCCAAGGUGCCAAGAUCAACGAGAUUCGUCAGAUGUCAGGGGCACAGAUCAAGAUCGCCAAUCCAGUGGAGGGCUCGACCGACCGACAGGUCACCAUCACCGGCUCACCGGCCAGCAUCAGUCUGGCGGAGUACCUAAUCAACGCACGACUGUCAUCUGAGGCAACAGGAAUGGCCGCGAACUGAUGCUCUCCGCCACCCCACCGCCCCUUUUCUCCUCCUCCAUCACAUUUACGCUCUCUAAGUGCAAAAGGAAACCAAGUAUUUUCAACCUAACUUUUCCUUUCACCCACCCCAAGCUAUGCUUCAUGGAUAUACACAAGUAUUUUAUUUAUUUAUUUCAUGAAAAUGUUUUUAAAAUCCCUUUUGCGUACAGUUUUUAAUGUCUUUUUUCUUUGCAUAUUUUGUCAGUUAACAUUACCGUAUGGAAGUGACAGCGGAGAAAGUGGAAAAAUCUGAAAACGCAUAAAUGUUUUUGUUAUCUCAGAUUUUUCUUAUAAAAACAGAAAAAAUAAAAAAGAGAGCAACUACAAAUGAUAGAUUGACCGCUUUCCCUGUAUCCAACAUUUAUUUAUUUUAAUUUAACUCUAGGAAGUUACAGAUUUUAAAAUCCUAGAAAUGAGCUUUAGAGAAUAAGCUCCGUUUUCUGCAUCAGAUCGAUUUGAAUCUGUGAGGUGUUUCAGGUGACUUUUUUUUUUAUUUUAUUUUUUUUUUGGACGUUUGAAUAUUUGUCAUUCCUCAAUAUGUCUUUUUUUUUUUUUUUUUUUUCUUUAUCCUGAAGUUGGAGAUUUUGUUAAAGGGAGGGAUGGGAGUUGCUGCAGUUUCUGCAUAAAUGACAUUACUGGUAUAAUAAUGAGUUGAAAAUAUUUCUUUUAGAGAGAAUAUUUUUUUUAACCCUGUGGUGUAGAGCCCAGACUGGAGGAUUCCCAAUUGACAUUUAUAUGAUGAUGCGACUGAGUUACUGAUCAAUUACAUGACUAGAAGGAACUUUCUAGAAUUAACACUAGUUUCCUCUCUACUCUGCUUGAGUAAUAGUUAUGUUUUCUAUUUUAUUAUUUUUUUUUUUUCUAUUUUAUUUGUUUUCUUGCAGGAGGAAGGAAAACCUAAAACCUUUUUGUGCACGUUUUCAGAAUAUUGUAGAUUUGGAGUGCAGCUGGAAUGAAGAAUUAAACAUGCAAAAUUAAAACAUGAAAUGCUGAAACUA